AUGUUCUAAACAACCAGCAGUAUAAAUUCUUAGCAAUCUCCCAAUAGAUUUAAGUUUAAGUCUAAAGUUAGGUAUAGAGAAGAAAUGAGUUAGUUUUUUUAAUGACAAUAUGGUACCAGCAACCACAACUAAGAUUACAAUGCAAUACAAAGAAUUAUUAAGAAAUAUGUUAUCAACAUUAUAAGAGAAAGCAUCAUUUGCUAAUUUGAAUGAGUUUGAUUAAUUGAAAUCUAAUCAAAUCGCAGUUUCAAUAUAAAGUUGUUAUAAUCCAAAAUUUAAGAGUACUGGUGUAGAUGAAACUAAAGAAGCAUUUUAAGAUCUUUUAGAUGAAAUAAAACAAACAAUAAAUAGAAAGUAAUUUAUUUAAGAAAUAUUUCUAAGAUUUCCAUUUAUCAAGUUGUUUCAUUAAUAAAUCAAUAAUCCUGAUCAUUAUUUAUAGAUUUAAUUAUUCUAACCAGAUGUUCAUUCAGUUGUAUUAUAUUCUCGUCAAUUUUCAAAAGAAUAAAUAACUCCUAAAUUGAUCGGAGAUUUAGUAUGGUUACAUUUAAAGAAAUUUAAUUUAACAGUUAAUAUUGAUUGUCCAAUCAAACAUAUAGUUCCAGUUUGUGAAGAAGGAAUUUAAAAAAGUAUAAUGGAAGGACUUUAAGUGACUGUCCGUUAGAAAGAAGUACUUACAUUAUAAUCAGCAUAAACUCCAACAAAGUAGAUUGUAAUAAGAACUUCAAUUUGUUAAUAAACAGGAAGUGGUUAAAAAAGUGCAUCUAAAUUAGAUAUUUAUAAAAGUACAGAAAAUAUACGUGAUAUGGAAAAAUCAGUAAGAGUUUAUUUUUCACCUUCAAAAUCUCAGGCUUGGAUGACUUAAACUAAUGUAUCAUAAAUUGAUCUUUCUGGUUAAAAAUAGAAAGUUUAAUCACCAGAAAAGAAAUUCACAGUUAAAUUAUUUUCUUAAACAAUUCCAAUUAGUUGUUUUGAAGAGGCUAAAUUUAUUGAUUUAGUUUAGUAAACAAAUUCAUAUGAAAUAGAAAUAAAUGGAAAUUGUAUAUAAACAACUAAAUAAUAAUUAAAUGUAGAUGAAUUAUUAGAUGAUAAUACUGAUACUAUUUAUGUUUCUACAAGAGUGGAAAGGACUGAUCUAAUAAAAUGUAUUAUUAAAGCUCCUGAGGAUGCAACUAUUAAUAUUACUAAAAAUAUUACUGAAACAUUAACAUAUGAUAUUAAUGAAUAAGCAUUUAUAUUUUAUGGAAGAGAUAAAUAAGAAUAUAUUAUUGAUGUUUAAUAAAAGGAUUGUUUUUCAUAAAAGAGAACAAUAUUUUUAUAAGGUAAUACAGAUGUGAAAAUUGAAUUUGAUUUAGUAAGUUGUGUAGAAACUAUUCUUUAAUUUAGAGUUUAUAAUAUACUAUUAAAAAGUGGUUAACAUAAAGAUAUUGAAAAUUGUAGAUUAGAAGUAUUCUAAUCAGAUUAAGCUGAUUAAGAACCUAUUAUUGGAAUGACAAAUGAAUAAGGUUUAUUUAAUUGUCAAGGUUUAAUGUUCAAGUAAGUUAGAGUACAUGCUUAACGAAAAGGAUUCUUAUAAGUUUCUUAUGAUUUUGAUGUAUUAGCCAAUUCAACUGGUUAAAUACUUAAUAUUCCUAUGAUACCAGAUUAUUAUAGUCUUAUUAAUCAAUAUCAUAUUUUAAUUUAUGUUCCAAAUAAAAAUAACUUUUAACUUGAUUAUUCAAUGAUAUGUCCAGGUAUAUUUAAUUUUAUAAAUUUUAGAUGGAGUAAAAAUUGAUUCUAAAAAUAGAUCACAUAAUGUAAUGAAAUCUAAAUUAGAAAUUAAUAGAAUUAAUUAAUAAACUAUGUUAUGGAAUUUCUCUGUUCAUGUAUAAUCAUUAGAUCCUUUUUUAUCUGAUAAUUCUUACUAAUUUUUUAUUAAUAAUCAAAAACCUAAAAGAACUAUGUUAUGUUAAGAACCUUUAUCACCUUAAUGUAAAGAAAAUAAUGGCAAUUCAUCUACUAAAGCUUCAUGUUUUAAGACUGUAAAUUUAAAUGAAAUGUUCUUAAAAACAAGAGUUAUGCAAACUGAAAUUAAAACCUAUAUAAGAUAAGAAAAUGAUGUUAUUGCAUAAAAGAUUAAUAAUUUCUGUGCUGAAGAUUCUGUUAGAAUAUUUGUAACUUUUGGACAUAAAAUUUUAGAAACCUUUAUGAUUUAAACUAAUUUACUUAUGCAAAAUGAAAAAUGUUUUGGAGUAAUUGAUUGUAAUUAUUUUAUUUCUUAUUUUAGUGGAUAAAAGAUUAUUUAUAAGAGAUAAUGAUACAACAUAAUAAAAUAUUAAAAGAAAUCUAUCUAAAAUGCCAACUUUCAAAAAAGAUAUAAAAAAUACAAAUGAAGAUCGUACUAUGACUACUAUCUUAUCCCAUAUUACCAAUUAAAGGUUUUAGGAAUGA